AUGUCGUUCAGGGGUGAUCGUGAGUACCUUGUAGAUCCCCCUUCAUCCCCUCCUUCUGACAGUUAUGACUUCCCAGAUCUUUCUCCUGACUUUGAGGCUCGUGAUCCGGCCAAUCUUGUACCAACCGGCACUAAUAAGUUGCACGUAAAGAUCACUCCUCAUGGUUUCCUUGUGUCGGAAUUCGGUCCCUGUUCCGAAGCUGGGAAGCAAGUGAUGGUGCGUCGCGGUGGGAAUGCAGUUGAUGCACUUGUGUCAAUAGUUCUAUGCCUUGCUGUUACUAGACCUGACAUCAUCAGUAUCGGUGGCUGUGGUGCGUUUUGGGUGCACAAAAGGGACACCGACAAUAAUAAUCUUUACGACGCUAUGUGCACAUCCCCCAACACUACGGAUCAACCCAGUUCAAAUGCUGCAUAUAAUGUUAGUGUACCUGGUCUCAUUGCUGGUCUCAAGGCUCUCCACGAUGACCAUGGGUACCUGUACUGGGCAGACCUUUUUCAUCCUGCGAUCGAAGCAGCUCGUGAUGGUUUUCUUGUGCAUCCAGACUUACUCAAAAACUUGGAUAGGGCUGUUGCUUCCGACCCCUCUCUGACACCGUUAAAGCAAAAUUUCCUAAAGUCAAUGAAAGACGGUAGGCAUGGUCCCCAACCGGAACUGGGGGUCGCCUUGCAACAACUCGCUACUGAAGGUGCGCUGGUUUUCUACAAUGGAUCGAUUGGACGGAAUAUAGUGGCUGAAUUGCAGCAGCGGAACGUUUCCUGGCACCUGGAGGGUGAUCUAGCGUCCUACCGAGUGCGGAAGCCUAAGUGUAUUGAGCUCGGUUUGGCAGGGUUCAGCGUCCGCAGUUUCCCUUCCCCUUUCGUGGGUGGAGUCCUAACCACGAUGGUGCUUGCAAAUCUUGACAUAUUGAACCACCAGCGACCACUCAAUGCGCUAAAACUGGCAAAGGGUGAUGCCAGAGAAUUGGCUCUGGUAUAUCAUCGUUUGAUAGAAUUAACCAAGAUCGGAGCUGCACAAGUCUCAAUUCUCGGUGAUCCCUACAAUCCCACUACAGGUAAAGAAGUGGUCGAUCAAGAGAGGGAUAUUAUGAACAUUGACAGUCGCAAAAAGACUGCAAAUAUGGUCCUGGAUGAUCGUCUUGUGAACAUCUCAGGAGUUGGUAAUGUCAACCCUCUCCUUUUCGCUGCUCAAGACGCAAAUACCUUUGUCAUCUCCGUCGAGUCGGACAUGUUGAUCACCGCUGCAUCUCUUACUCUAGGACGAGCUUUUGGUUCGGGUAUAUUUGUUUCAGGAACGGGUAUUCUUCUAAAUUCCGCCCAGCGUCUUUUCUCACCAGCGGAGCAGGGAGGUUUCAAUGUUCGUGCCCCCGGUCACCGACCCUUGCUGCCUGCCAGUCCGGUCUUCUUUGAGACAGCUCAGCAAAAGUGUGGCCAUCGUUUUGUAGCGGCCAGUUCUGGGGGUAUUCAGGGCAUGAUUGGACUCUCCCAGGUUCUCACUUCGUCCUUUCUGUAUCUCUCCAACGUGGCAUGCACGGAUGACGGGUAUGGCUUGAGUAGUGGUCAAAGGAGUAAAGAACUGCCGUCUGCUGAAGUGACCACCGCGACUUACACGCCAGCCGUGGGAGCUUGUUUGCCUCUUAACGAUUCACUUGAUUUAAAACGCUUUUCCUUGCGUCUGCGACGCACCGACAAAGGCGAGGACGAGUUCGACGUCGUUCUCGAGCCUAGUUUUGACCCUGCCAUAGGUAAUGAGUUGAAGAAGAUUGGGCACAAGGUGGAGAGCGAUGUGGACGGAAAUUACGCUGCGGAUGUGGGAGCCGUAGGCUGGACUCUUUAUACCACGAUUGGCGGGGUGGAGAAAUUGGCUGUGAAUAAUUCGGCAUGGUUCUGA